UUGGGACCUCCGUUCAUCGUGUUGCUCCGAUCCGCCCUCGUCAGACGCCCUCAUCCGCUUCGCGCCAUCCUCGUCGGAUCUUCACCUUCCUCGCUGCCUCGACACCGCCUCUGACGGCGCAAUGGCGCCCUCCCUCUCCCGAGCGUGGAGCGACUUUGCUUCUGCUUCUGCCAGCUCCUCUGCUGCCGGGCCCUCAUCCGAGGUGUCAACAGAACCCAUGAACGAACCCCUCGGCAUCCUGGCUCGGCAUCACCACGCUCCCGCGCAAGAUCGAUAGGCCGCAUGGAUGCAUCCGAAUCAUAUCGGCCAAGCGCUGCUAAGCGCUCCAGCGCUCUGCUACACUUGCAAGAUCCCGAUCGAGGUCCUGGAACGCCCGACUUCACCUUGUCUUCCACCUUCAGAACGCCCCGCGAUGGUGAGGCACGUCUUGCGCAGAGUGCGGUGGCACCAGAGAUCGGUCAGAAUCAACAUGGCCUGGCGCUGCCUGCUUUUGCACGUCCCCGACUUUCGUCCUUGCGCUCACUGUUUGGCGUGUUUGGCGCUGCUCAGCCUCCGGAAGGACGGCCUGUCGAGCAGCCUCGAGGAAAGCUGCGAUCCAGCAUGGAUGGCAAUGAAGAGGUAGGCGGCGCUACAUCUUCCAGUCGAUAUCAGGGCUUGACAGCGUCGGCCGAGGCGCUCGCAAGUGACGAGGCGCCAGAUGCUGCGAACCGCCACGCUCGCCGACCCACGCAGCUGCUUGCUAUGCCCGCCGCACGACAGGCAGGGCCGAGCGGAUUGCUUGGACUCAAUGACGACAGUCCGCCGCUCACCCCGUCCUCUGAGGGUGCGCACGAUACAGAGGGCACCGAAGACGAUCUUCAACAUGGCUCGCGCAAUUCUCUGGAUGUCAGGCACCAUUACACUACCCCAAAGCAUCAUUGGAGCGCCGCGCAAGCUGCGGCUGACCGGCAAUUGCACGCGACUCUGACUCCCACCAGCUCAGUGACGUCUGGACGCCUCAGUCCCGUCUUCAGCACAGUCUCAGCUGACUCGAACGGAACAUUCUCGCCGCCUACGCGUCCUGGAUCUAGCGCUCCACCUCACGCCAAGGCGUCCACCGGCGCUGCGUCACUGUUGCCCAGUCACAUUGUGACGCCGCCUUCGAGCCCAAGAGGCGCUGCGCAGCAGCUAGCUCCUUCCACGAAUGUGCCGUUCGCAGCAGCUCUCGCCUCCUCACCAGUGGACUGUUUCGUUUCGCUUCCGUCGCGUGCCAAGGCUGCGCUCGCGAGCGUGCAACUUCCGCCCAUCCGCCCGCAUCUGCCUGCGUUGCUCUUCCUCCUAAUCGCCUUCGUGGGCUCGACCAUCUGCAUCGUAUUGGGUCUGUCGACCUUGCCGAUGAAACUGCCGAAGCAUAUUACCGGUCUGACCAUCGAAGAGAUCAAGGAUGCGUGUCUGAGCCUCAAGACGUACAGCGACAGCUCCUGGCGAGCCUUCUUCCACACUCUCAUCGCGCUUUGCGCCUUCUUUACGUGGAAGCAAGCGUGGACUAUCCCUGGAAGCCUCAUCAUGAACGUGGUGUUUGGUGCAAUGUACGGCUCAUUCUGGGGGACUCUGUACACGUCGAUCUUUACGUCAGUAGGAGGCAUCGGGUGCUAUCUGCUCGUCGCACCUCUUGCACCACUCGUAUCGGCCCUGCCGGGCUUCAAGAAGCCGCUCGCAGCGAUGCGGAGAGCGCUGGGACCCAUGCACCUCAAAACUCCGGCGAGACGCUCGAGCGGCAGAGUGUCGAGCCGCAGAGGUUCGUGGAGGGGUCACAGCAGGCGCUCAUCGACGAUCGCCAAAGCGACUGCAGCAGCUGCGGGAGCGAAUAGCAAUAUCUGGAGCUAUCUCUUGGUUCUCAGGGUGCUGCCCAUCGUGCCGUACGGCGCCAUGAACUUGGCCUGCGGCUGCCUUGGCGUGCCUUUGCUUCCGUACGCAGUCACUCUGGCCGUCGGCAGCAUUGGCUGGAACUUUACAACAGCCUCGAUCGGCGUGCUCUUGUUGGAGGCAAUGGAAGCCUUGCCGACUGGCUCUAGCGAGACUUUGGUGGACACGCUAGCAUCUGGAGGAUUUAGCGAUGCGAAGCUUCCUGGCAGUGCCGAACAUCCCCGUCUCGCCAUGGUGGCACACAAGGCCAAGAGUGGUGCGGCGGCGAUUGCGGAACACCUCUGGACGCCCGCGACCAUUGCGAGGCUCGUGCUGCUGAGCUUGGUCAGCUUGGCGCCCAUCGUCGUUCAGCGAUACCUUAAGCAUCGCAAACAAGCUCGAGGAGCGAUGGACGGAGAGAAUGGCGAGGAGGUGGAGCUGGAAGUGGCGGAGAGAGAUGAUUCGGAUAUUGAGAUGGAUGCGACCGAGGAGGUGGAGGAUGAUUCGUUUGCUGAUGCGUCCAUGUCCACGUUGCGAGGAGGCGCGGGAGAUCGCUCCUUUUGGCUCAAACAGCAGUCGCAAAUCAGAAGAGCUGUCGCCGUGCCUGUGGUGGCGCAACAACCUCUCCACUCUCCUGUCCUCUUUGACGAGAAGGAAUUCUCAGAAUACUUUGAAGAUGAAGGGGGGGAGGAUGCGCAAGAUACCAAUCCGUAUGAUGCCAUUGUCAACCUGCAAAAUCGCGUCAGGCUCAACUCGGCUGCUGCUACGGCAGCCUGAAGCGGCAACACAUCGCUCACGCAAGGAUGCGGUUAAGCCCCACUUUUGCACGUUUGCUUCGCCCUUUCUGCGCUUUCCGGAAUGGGACCUGGCAGACAAGAUACCUCCCGGGCAGCUGGCCGCGCGACUUUUGUUUCUGCGUCUACAACCCUCAAUCGCGAAUUCGCCGCC